CGGAGAGACCGGCCGCUGCCGGUGCCCGGCCCCAGUCCCAGAGCCCCAUGCCUGCUCUGCUCGGCUGUAUAUAUACCACCUCCAUGGCAUCUCUUCCUCACCACCGCAUCUCACACCCCUAAGAUUGAGCUUAGCUUAGCUCCACACUCCAGCUCCAAGCACACAGUCGUGGUUAGAGGGCCGUGAAAAUGCCGAUCAGCAGGAUCGCCGUGGGGACCCACCAUGAGGUGUACCACCCGGGCGCCCUCAAGGCGGCGUUGGCUGAGUUCAUCUCCACCCUCAUCUUCGUCUUCGCCGGCCAGGGUUCCGGCAUGGCCUUCAGCAAGCUGACGAGCGGCGGCGCGACGACCCCCUCGGGCCUGAUCGCGGCGGCUGUGGCGCACGCCUUCGCGCUGUUCGUGGCGGUGUCCGUGGGCGCCAACAUCUCCGGCGGUCACGUGAACCCUGCCGUGACCUUCGGCGCGUUCGUGGGCGGCAACAUCACCCUGUUCCGCGGCCUCCUGUACUGGGUGGCGCAGCUGCUGGGCUCCACGGUGGCGUGCUUCCUGCUCCGCUUCUCCACGGGCGGGCUGGCCACGGGCACCUUCGGCCUGACCGGCGUCUCCGUGUGGGAGGCGGUGGUGAUGGAGAUCGUGAUGACCUUCGGGCUGGUGUACACGGUGUACGCCACCGCCGUUGACCCCAAGAAGGGCAGCCUGGGCACCAUCGCCCCCAUCGCCAUCGGCUUCAUCGUCGGCGCCAACAUCCUGGUCGGCGGCGCCUUCACCGGCGCGUCCAUGAACCCCGCCGUGUCCUUCGGCCCUGCCCUCGUCAGCUGGGAGUGGGGAUACCAGUGGGUGUACUGGGUCGGCCCACUCAUCGGCGGCGGCCUCGCUGGCGUCAUCUACGAGCUGCUCUUCAUCUCCCAAACCCACGAGCAGCUCCCCACCACCGACUACUAAGCCGGCCGCCGGCGACCCCCCACCAAGCUUGGGUUCCGUUCCGUGCGCAGCUAGCAGAUCAUCAAUUCUCUCGAUCUCUGGAUCUCCCCCUCGCCGUUUAGUUUCUCUCGUGCAUGUGCAUGCAUCGUCGAACAUCUCAAGCUGCUACUGCUGCUGCUGCGCCGGCCGCCGCUCGAUCGUCGCAUCGUUUGCUUUCUUGGACAAGUCUGUAACCGUGAAUUCCGGACCCGUUUGCUUCUGUAAAAUUUGUGCAUUUGCCUGAGUAUUCACCGAGUUCCACGUAGUA